GUUAGGCAUUGUGGCUGGGGCCGCGCGCGUGCGCACUGGUGGUCCUGCUCUGCCUGGGCCUGCCGGGAUGAGCUGCGCCUCGGGGCUGCAGGCGGACUGCGAGGCGCUGCUGAGCAGCUUCCAGGAGACGGAUAAUGUCCGCUUCGAGGUGUUCUCCGGCCUGUGGCGGGACCGCCGCUUCCACACCAUCUUCCAGUGAGACACCCGGCAGCCUCCCUCCUCCGCCCCGUGAGGGAUCCGGCUUCGUCCCCGCACCCCUCGUGAGAGACCCGGCACCCACUCGCACCCCCCCCCCUGGUCAAACAAGGCCUUUAGAGAAGAAUAAGUUUACACAGAAAGUGUUGGAUCUGGCAUGGCGAUACUUCUUGCCUCCUUACACUUUCCAGAUUCGUGUUGGUGCUCUGUAUCUUCUGUAUGGAUUGUACAGUACGCAACUCUGUAAGCCAAAACAAAAGAUCAGAGUUGCACUCAAGGAGUGGCUUGAAGUUCAGAGAUUUCAACAGGAUCUGAUAAAUGCCCAGCAUUAUGAUGCAGCGUACAUAUUUAGGAAGCUGAGACUAGACAAAGCAUUUCACUUUACAGCAAUGCCCAGACUUCUGUGCUUCAGAACUAAGAAAAAGAUUCGGGAAACUGAACUUAAAGAGGAAUUUAAGGAGCUAAGUAACCGAGUAAGCAGGCUCAUCACUAAUGAUGUGUUGGAGGAAAUGAUGAAUGUUCAUGACCACUAUCAGAAAAUGAAGUGUUUGAUCUCCACUGACGGAUCCCAGCCGGACAAGGCUCUGAGCUUGAUAAAGGAUGAAUUUGUAAUUAAUAUUAAGAAUAUGAUUUUGGAAUAUCAGCAAUGGCAACAGGACAAAAUGAAAUCCUCCUCAAAGGCUAAAGAUAGUGACGAAAUGACUGACAAAAAGGAAGGAGGGACUUCUCAAGACUCAGAAGGUUCUGAAAGAGCAAAUGCACUGGCUAAAAUCAAAUACAAGUCCUAUAAUGCAGUUGCUGAGGCCUCCAAAUCAAGAAGGCACCGUCAAGUUAAACUAGAAUCUUCUGAAUCUGGGUCUGAUCAGGGAAAAAUGAAAACCCCCAGGUGUACAAGAAGCAGAGAGAGGUCACAGUUGACACAGAAGAGAAACUCAUUGGAAACCAAAGAUAGGAGACAAGCAAUAAAGAAGGAAGCCGUUACUCGGAAUCGUAGGAUGCCUGUAAUCGCAGAAGAAGAGAAUUCUAGUGAAGAAGAUCUUCCAUGCCCUAAAAGGAAAAGAACCCGUUAAGAAAGGAUCAAGUUGAAGAAUUUCUUAUGUGAAUUAGACUGUUAGAUUUUUUUUUAUGGUCAAAUAUAAAUGUCUAAAACAACUUUGUAAAUUAUUUGAUUUGGUCAUCUCUGUGCAGCCAUAUCAAAUGAAGUCACAAAGCAAAAAUUACUCUUACUAGAACUACAGGUUAUGUGGAACUGUAAAUAGUGACUUCAGUAUAUGUUGUGUAAUGGUACAACCAAGGUGACGGUAGAGUGGAGUGGAAACUUUUUCUCCCAAAAACUAAAUUGUAUAUGUGUCCUUGUACCUGUAUUGGAAAUGGUGAGGGGCAGAGGGCUGCUUUUUUGUUUUGUUUAGCUUUUGCCAUGUGAGUUGACAUUUAUAACUCAUUCCCAUUUAACACAAAUAACAGAAUCUACUAAAAGAACACUCCGAGUAUGUACGCUAUAUGGAUGAAUAUUUUGUACUUGUGCUAUCAGUACUCUUACAACCUCUGAACGUAACUGUUAAUUUUGUAAUGUUAGUGACUAUUUAAGAUUACUAAGUGCAAUAAAUGAUUUUUUUUUACUAA